CACGUUCAAUGAAAUUCGCUUGGAAGAACGAACAUGAAGAGCCAAAGAGUGAACAAGAGAUCUUGAAGAAAAAUAUAGGAAGAUGUAGAAAAAAAAUUAUAGAAUAUUCUGCAUAUGUGCGGCAUAAAUUAUUAGUGACAGGUGAGACAAGGUGAACGGACUAAAAAGAGAGGGAGAGAGAGAGAGAGAGAGAGAGACAGAGACGUCCCAGGCAGUCCAAUUCGCAAGUUGCUCCGAGUUGUUCCAAGUCAGUCCACCAAACAAAACAUGGACGCCGUGGAAAUAAAUACGUCGGGUCCGCCGCAGAGCGAGGACGCGAUCGGGUCCGCGAUGAAAAUAUGCCGCGUGUGCCUGCUGGACAACCUGAUGAUGCGCGACCUCUUCGCCGAGAGCGAGGUCGCGUCCCUCUCCAUGAAAGCGAUGAGCUUCACCAACGUUAAGAUGUUACCAGGUGACGGUUUACCAGCACAAGUGUGCUGCAUGUGCGCCGACAAACUGGAGUCGGCGUAUGAAUUUAAAUUACAAGUGGAACAGGCCGACAGCGUCCUCAGGGACAGGUAUGUCGGGGGAAUGAUAAAGGAGGAGUUGUUCCUCAAUGAGGUCGAGAUACACUUGGACACCGAAAGGAAUGACAUAGAGGAAAUAAAUGUCAACACUGAUUAUGAAUCUACUGUCGCAGUUUUGCCAGAAGAGUCAGACGUUGAGAAGAACUUUUUGAAAGAACAAUUUAUGAUCUUGGAACACGAAAAAUUGACUAAUCCGGAAGAAAUACAACAGGAUCCAGAACAGGAUCAUUCGCAAGAAAUUACGCAAGAAGAUGGUCAAAGUAUUGCAGAAGAUUCGCAGCAAGAAUUAGUUGAAACAGAGGAUAAUGAUAUGUCAAGCACUAUUAAAGAAUCUAGGAAUCAAAAAUUUUGCAUGAACGAAAGUAUCACUUCCAGUUAUAUGGAGUCGAUUCCAACAGAGGAACACGAUUACAUUGUGCAGCAACAGUGUGUGUUGCCGACUGAACAAUUUCCUUUACAGGAAAGGAUACAGAUGGAUACACAAGUUGAACAAAGUAUAGCAGAAUGCCAAGAAACAUUAUCUGAAUUAAAUCAAGAGAAUCAAGUUGAGCAAAUUCAAGAAAAUCAAGCUGAACAGAUUCAAGAAGAUCAGACUGAACAAAUUCAAGAGAAUCAAAUGGAGCAAAUUGAAGAGACUCAAGUGGAGCAAAUUCAAGAGACUCAAAUGGAGCAAAUUCAAGAGAUUCAAAUGGAGCAAAUUCAAGAGACUCAAAUGGAACAAAUUCUAGAGACUCAAGCAGAGCAAAUUCAAGAGAAUCAAUCUGAGCAAAAUCAAACUGAAAGAACUGACAAGAAGAAAUCUUUCAAUGAAGAAAUGUCUACAACUGAUAAUGAGCCGAUGGUGGGAAUACAAGAUACUCCUCAAAAUGAAACCAGAAGAAGUAAACGUAGAUUAGCUCGUCGAACGUUUGCUGAACGGGAUUCCGACGAGGAGAAUUAUUUCGAAAAUCUGAAUCUUAGUUCUCGAUUGAAAAAAGCACAAGCGGAUAAGGUAGAGAAGAUCUUUUUUAUGUGUUAUCUGUGUGAUAAACAGUUCCUGUCGAAGAACGUUCUGAAGGAGCACAUGCACUCUCAUGAAGAAGUGAGGAAAGCACUCUCCUUAAAGAAAACGCCGGAGAAGCCGCAGAAGUCGCAGACCAACGUUACCCCCACGAAGAGUCCACCAUCUGGAAAAAAAGCCAACAAGUGCCCUUAUUGCGGUAAAGAGUAUCUGUACAUAAACUCGUUUACCAAACAUAUUAAACAGCACGAGCGGGAGCGAGAGGAGGCGAAGGAGGAUCCUAUGCCGCUCGAAAUUUCGUUCCACGAAGAUGAGCAUAGUCUAGACUUCGAGGAUAAUAAUUAUGAUAACAAUUCGGACAGAGAAUGUAGAAGACGAUCGAAGAGAGCAAAUACAGGCGAUGGAAACGAUGACGCCACGACGAGCGACAAUGAGCAGGAUAAAAGAAGAAAGCGCAGUCGCGUUGAAGAAUUCGAAUGCGACAAAUGUUCAGAGAAAUUUGAUACGAAGCGAAGCUUGCAAAAGCACUCACUCACGCACGUGAGCGGGUUUUGCAAGCUUCGCUUCGAGUGCACCCUGUGUCACGAAGAGUACGACAGUCUAGAGCAGUUGAGGGAUCAUCGAACGAAACAUGUGGUCGAAGGCGUGCUCACUGAGCAGGAUUUAGAAGACAUGAAACAGAUAGUCAAGAACGUCGAGAAUGACGAUGACGAAGAUAACAAGAACGAUGAAGAAGGAGAGGGCAAUGAAUCUGGCGAAUUGGUCGAACAAAAUGCGAAGGAAUUCAAGUGUCAGAAGUGUUCGAUGGCGUUCGCGCGAAAGAAGUUCCUGUCGAGACACAUGGAAACGAUGCAUUCUGGAACUAACAAUUUCGAAUGCAAGAUAUGUCAUCAGCAGUUCGCGCGGAAGGAUCUUUUGCGCAGACAUGCCGAGCAACACGCCCGAGUAAAGACCUACAAGUGCACUCAGUGCAACAAGACCUUCGGUAAUGAACUCACUCUGAGAAAUCACCUGCUCACCACGAAUCACAAGACGUUUAUACACGGACAAGAAUACGACCCGAACAAGCGUAUAAAGCGCGUAGCCGCGAAAGCGGCGCAGAAGAUCAUCGACAAGAUCAAGACAGAGGACGGUCUGGAGGAUUACGACGACGAUAACGACACCGUUGAUUACGACGCCAAGUUGGACGGGCCUUAUUAUCGUCGUAAACGCGACGCUACACCAAAGAAGUACAAUUGUAAGAAGGAUUUAGAGUGCGCGACGUGUAAUAAGAGAUAUAGUUCGAAGCAAGCGUUGACCAAGCACAUGGAGCAGCACGUGAAGGACGAGAAAGCGGCGGAGAAGUUGAAGAAGGCCGCUUCGGAGAAGAAGGAAACGCCGAAGGCAACGACGACGACGACGACGAUAGGCGAUAACGACGACGACGACGAUGACUCGGACUUUGAGAGCGGUCUCGAUUGGCCGAUGGACAGUCACGAAUGCACCACGUGCAAGAAACGUUACAGCACGAAGAAGUCGCUGCUGCGGCACCAGCUGCUGCACGAAGAACCGAACUUUGAGUGCGACAUUUGCAACAUCAAGUUUUAUCGCAAGGACAAGUUGAAGGCGCACUAUGACAAGUGCUCCGAGAAGAAUCCCGAUCAGGUAAGAAGGUGCAAUAUUUGCGGCGACACUUUCGAGAACAAUGAGAUUCUGCGAGAACACCGGGCUAAACACGUUACCGAGGGUAUUCUAACGGAGGAAGAUUUGAAGGACAUCGAGUUGAAACCGGAUGAGAAGAAAUCGAACGAGAAGAUCGGCCGGAAGAGGAGAACCGAUAUCGUCGGCCUCGAAUGUACAGAGUGCAACAAACAAUACACUUCCAGGAAGGGUCUUCUACGACAUAUUCAGGUACAUGAAGGUAAAAAAUACUUGUGCGACAUAUGUCCGAAGAAGUUCUAUCGUCGGGAACAUCUCAAGAUUCACGUGGCCAAGCAUAAUAUGGUAAAACCGUACAAGUGUACCCGCUGCACCAAACGCUUCAUCAAGGAGGAGCAGCUGAACAAUCAUUUGUCCAAGCACGAUCGUACCUUCAAGAAGAACAAGGAGACCGAUAGCUCCAAGAGAUUCCUCUGCGAGAUCUGCAGCAAGAGCUUCACGCAGUCGACGACGCUGAUAGCCCAUUUGCGGGCGCACAAUGGUAUCAAGCCGUACGUGUGCGAGGUCUGCUCGAGACCGUUCACCACCAACGCCUACCUAAAGAUGCAUAUGCGCACGCACACCCAGGAACGGCCGUACAUCUGUCAGUUCUGCUCGCGGGCGUUCGCGCGAGCCGACACUCUGGCGAAUCAUCUGACGUCUCACACCGGCGAGGCCAAGUAUCACUGCAAAUGCUGCCCGAAGAACUUCCGGCGACUGAAGUCGCUGAAAGAGCACAUGUUUAUUCACACGGGCCAGCGACCUUACGAAUGCCCGACCUGCGAUCGCAAGUUCAACAACAACGGCAGCCGCUAUGCACACAGCAAGCGCUGCAAGCAGAACCUCCUGCGGAAUCAGACCCGGACGCAAUAUCUAAUACAGCAGCCGGAGCAAACGCAGCAGCAACAGCAACCCCAGCAACAGCAACCCCAGCAAGUGCAGAUACAGGUGCAGCAACAGCCGCAGCAGAUGCCGGUACCGGUCAGGCUACAUCAGACCACCCUCGGCCAGGCACCGGUAGUCAAGGCCCAGAGCAUCAAGACAAUCGCUAUAGCGAGGCAGGAACCGACCACGGUAACUAUCCCGGCGCAGCCAGCCAUGAUGCAGCAGGAAAUCCUGAUGCCUCUCAUUUUGCCGCUCACCGUCACUCUCACCGACGUGGGCGAGGAGGUGAUACUACCAGAGGGUACAAAGAUAUACACCACUUCCUAAUCGAGCCAUCGUCUUCUACCCUCGAUUAAUAUAUAAGAAAAAAAGACAUACAUUUUUUUCGAGAUGAACAAACUGAUCCUUCCGUUUUCAUUCCCCGCAUUUUUUUUCAACGCGCACGGGAAAAUCGGAAGGGAUGAUGGACGACGAAACGAUGUUGCAUAGAUAGAUCGUGUAUUAUGAUGAGAAUUUGCUUGCAUUCAAUAAGAGGGGAUAUGCGUGUGUACUAGAUGUGUACUGUUAAUAUGAUGAUAAUAAUGACUAUGAUAAUUAAUACGAUGAGAAUUUUCGAGAGAGAUAGAGAGGGAGGGAGAAUCAUUUUUCUCGAAUUAUGUAUAAAACGUUAUAUCGAAGUUUAUUUUUGCAACGGGUGAAGGCGUUAAUAAAGUAUAUAUAUAUAUAUAUAUAUAUAUAUAUAUAUAUAUAUAUAUAUGUAUAUGUAUGUAUAUGUAAUUUAUCUAGAAAGUUCCAAGAUAUGUACCUUUCCAUAUAUAAUAACGCGUAUUAUCAGAAAUGAAUAGAGUAAACGUAUUUGACAAAUCAUUACGGAACAAGAUCUUUGUCAUAAAUGUACAUGUAAUAUAGAUAGAUUUUCUUUUAAGAGACACACAUUAGAGAUAAGAAAGUACAAGCUUUUACGGCUACUUAAAGCUUAAUGUAUUAAAUAAUGAUAUCUACUUUUUCAGUUAGUUUGUUCUUCCAGAAUGUGUUUCUUCUUUUUUUUUCGAAUAAAAAAUUCAUAUCCAAUAGUUUGUUUGAAAACACAAGAACAGUUAUAUAUAAAUCUAAUAAUGUGUUUUGUGAUAUUCUAUAUUUCUUCUAAAAAAUAUAGAACAUUUUUUUAAAUAUGAAUGACAAAACAUAUUAUGUUUCAUAAAAUAACAUACUUUUAUGUAACAUACAUUAUAUAAAAUAAUAUACUUUUA